GAACAUUCGGUUACAUCCUCUCCCAUCCCAUCCACGUAUAUUGAUCUUAUCUAAAAAAUCAAAAUACGGAAUAUCCAUUUUCACCGCUUCGAAACCCCUUUUAUUUCUUCUCAAAUUUCAAACCCUAACUUCGCAAAUCUCCUGUGAUCUUUCGUAAACGUCAACAAUUCAACCAAUUUUCGUCUUCUUUCUCUCCGUGAGAUUCGCUUGGCAAAGACUGUAAUCUAGGGUUCUAGCUUCGAUUAUUGUUCUCAAAAUUGGAAUUAUUGGAACAUAGUUCAUCAUGAAGUUCCUAGAAUGUGCUCCUCUGGACAGGCUUAACGAUUUCUUGAGUAAUUUGAAUCUUGGAGAACGUACUAUCAAAGGGUGCCUUGAAGCUUAUAGUUGUAAACAUUCUGGAGCGGAUAAAAAACUCUCUAUCAGUUUGGGUAAUGAGAUUCUUGAUUAUCUUGGAAAGUCAUCAGACAACGACUCUCCCUCACCGGAUGAAUCCUUAUUAAUCAGAACCAGCCGGAAGACAUUGGUUUACUUGGUUCUUGCUCUCUAUCACAUGUAUCCAGAUUAUGACUUCAGUGCAGUUAAAGCUCACCAGUUUUUCACAGAGGAAUCAUGGGACAGUUUUAAGCAAAUUUUUGAUGCUUGCAUGUUUGAAGCCUCAAAGGAAUGGGUUGAAACCUUUGGGGGUGAUUCUUUGCUUGAUGCCUUGUUUAAGGCCCUUGAUGAGGUGGUAACGUUAGCUGAUUGUGAAAUUUAUGGUUACUUACCUGAUUCUGAGGCAGACCCGUUACCAGAGAGAGGAGCCAUUUGGUCCUUUAAUUUCUUGUUUUACAAUAGAAAGCUUAAGCGGAUUGUGACUUUUCGUUUAAGCUGUUUUAGUAACUUGAUUGGUGAUGGAUUUUCGUUUGACGAGAUGCUCGAUGAGUACGAUGAAGAAAUAUUUGCUGACAUGGAUAUAUGAGUCAACACAAUGUCUAUUAUGUUAGCAUAUCCAAACUAUCAUCCUCCUAUGUGCAGUUUCUGUAAUAUAAGAUCGUUUCACAUGUGCAGUUCUGUGAUAUUAAAGAUAGUUUCUGUGGUGUCCAAGUCAUAGAGGUAUGUGUAAGUUGCAACUUGCAACCCUUCCUGUAUCCAUGUUGUAGAUUUAGCAUAGUAUAAUAUCUUUCUGGAGUGUCCAUUGUAGAUUUGGAAUAUGUACCUAUCGGUGUGCGUAUAAUAAAAAACAAAAACAAAAACGUACUUAUUUGAUAUUGGAGCAAGGAUUAUUGAGUAUCAAAUAUUCAAAUUACA